UUUAUCACGUAGUUACUAUAUCGGAGUAUCAAAUAGCAGUGCGUGAGUCGUGGCGGGAUGCGUAGACGCAGGCGCGCGCGGCGUCGCUUCGUCUCCAUGGUAACGUGACCGCGAGUAUUUAAACGAGAUACCGGCAUUCGCGCAGCACAGAUCACCACUACUUGGCGAGCGAGCCGCACAUCAGUGCUGCACGGCCCAAUACAAUACAAGUUUGACGUUUCGUAAAUAAGUGUCCCUUUAGUUACGAAUCGCAGCUUUGCGUUAUCUCUUAUUUCAGUUUACAAGUGUUGUGAAAACUUUGUCAACUACACAAUGAUGUCCUUAGUGUUGUUCGUUCUGGGAGGUAUCCUCUUCUCAACAACAGAAGGCUGCGGCUAUGGAAAACAAAUGAUAAAAUCUGGAGGAUUGUCGGCGUACGAGAAGCAAGCUAUAGUCGACGCGCACAAUCGGCUUAGGCAAUCCGUUGCACUUGGUCUGGUCUCCAGUCAACCUCCGGCCGCCAAUAUGAUGGAAAUGAUGUGGGAUGAAGAAUUGGCGGCAACGGCACAACGCUGGGCUGAUCAGUGUACUCCUGCCCACGACAGUGCUUCUCAACGAGAAGUUGGUCGUUGGCCCGUGGGUCAGAACCUCGCCGCCACCUGGACUACUCGCCCCCCAACUGACGCUGGAGACUCCGAACCAGAUUUCUUGAAGCAGAUCAACGCCUGGUUCGAUGAGGUCCACAUCUACUACUUCAGACCCAUUAGCGGUGGUCACGGCACUGGACAUUACUCUCAGUUGGUAUGGGGCGAGACAUCUCACAUCGGCUGCGGAUUCACUUUCUACUAUGACCAGACCCGUGGAUACACCAAACUCUACGUCUGCAACUAUGGCCCUGGCGGCAACGUCAUCGGAUCCAACCCUUACGAGAAGGGAUCUCCUUCUUGCAACGCCUAUGGCCUUUCAGACUCCAGGAAAUACUCUGGUCUUUGCUCGGCUAGUUUUACGACCAGCUCCAGCUACCAAACUGUUGACAACACCAACAGCUACAUCUCCAACGUCAUUCCCGACAGCAACACGCAAUACGACUUCCAGUUCACCAACCAGUAUUACAACAACUACGACAACCAAUACAACAACCAGUACCAGUAUCAAUACCAGCAACCCGAGACCUACUACCAAACCGAGACCACUGAGGCUUCCACCUUCAGACCUCUCAUCAGCAUCUUCAAGACUGCCACGAAUUUGUUCACUAAGCCUAAGUCAGGUUCUGGGUUCAGAUUUGGUACACUCUACAACGUAUAGAUAUUUUCUAGCUAGUGUUACCUGAUGUCCUGAUCUUCAGGGUCUCUAAAGUCUAUUGUCAUUAACUCAAUUUGUCUUUUGAUAGCGUAUGAUGAGUUUUCGUUAGCAAAACUACCAGGAUUGAUGGUGUUGGUAAUCAAUCUCACAACCCACACGAUAAAAGUCAGCCAACAGACUUAGAAAUCUUGAUUUUCGCAUAUGGUAAUGCUGGAUCUAGCAGUAUUUUAUAAAUUAUAGUGACAAGUGUGUUACUUGACUGAUCAUUCGGAGCGUCAUGUUUCGGAGCUAAUGUAAAUAAUUUGUUAUUCCUUGGUUUUACAAGGAAAUUGAAAGAGGAGAUCACUUCAUUUUAUACUUUUUAGAUCUGUGAGGGUCUCGAUUUGUAUCCAACGUACAAUGCUGUCGCGAAUGGCCUUCUAGUAUUAGUGCUGUGUAUGAGUGUUGUUACUUAGAUUUUACAUUUUACUAUUUAUAUUAAAGCAAUGUAAUAAAUAUUUUUCUU